CAACUGCCUUUCUUCGCCCCAGCUUUCAAAAGCACUCGUUUCCUUAUCUUUUGGGAAACCAAAACGUUUCCAAUUCCCAUGGCUCGUUUCUCCUCCAUUGGAGCUCUCUUGCUCCUCUUUCUCCCUCUCCUUCUCGUGGAUUCUCGCCCCUUUGAUCCCAUCUCCAUCCUCAGGAUGCCAUGGGACCUAGAUCUAGGGUCUGAAGGCAUCGACGAGGCCACCGUUGGGACGAGAUGGGCGGUUCUCAUCGCCGGAUCCUCCGGCUACGGCAACUAUCGUCAUCAGGCUGAUGUUUGCCAUGCAUACCAAGUCAUGAAAAGGGGUGGACUGAAAGAUGAAAAUAUCAUAGUUUUCAUGUACGAUGAUAUUGCUUACCACCAGGAGAAUCCCAGACCUGGAGUCAUAAUCAAUCAUCCACAAGGGAGUGAUGUAUAUGCUGGAGUUCCCAGGGACUAUGUUGGAGAGGAAGUCACUGUCAACAACUUUUUCUCCGUUAUCCUUGGAGACAAAGCUGCUCUAACUGGUGGCAGUGGGAAGGUUGUGGACAGUGGUCCUGAUGACCACAUCUUCAUCUUUUACAGUGACCAUGGUGGACCUGGUGUUCUUGGAAUGCCUACCUCUCCUUACCUUUAUGCGGAUGACUUGGUUGCAGUGUUGAUGAAAAAACAUGCAUCUGGAUCCUACAAAAGCAUGGUGUUCUAUCUGGAAGCUUGUGAAUCUGGGAGUAUAUUUGAAGGUCUUCUUCCUCCGGAUAUAAACAUAUUUGCAACCACCGCAUCUAAUUCAGUGGAGAGCAGCUGGGGAACUUACUGCCCUGGAGAGCAUCCUAGUCCUCCUUCUGAGUACUGGACAUGUUUGGGUGACUUGUACAGUGUUGCCUGGAUGGAAGACAGUGACAAACACAACUUACAUACUGAAACUCUCAAGCAGCAGUAUGAACUGGUCAAAACAAGGACUCUGCCCCAUAAUCAGUAUAGCUAUGGCUCACAUGUUAUGGAAUAUGGGAAUUUAAAUCUCAACAAUAAAUUCCUUGACAUAUACAUGGGCACAGAUCCUGCUAAUGAAAAUUUCACUUUCACUGGUGAUAACUCAUUGCCAUCACUCUCAACUGCUGUGAAUCAACGCGAUGCUGACCUUGUUUAUUUCUGGACUAAGUAUCGGUCAUCGCCACAAGGUUCUUCUGAGAAAAUUGAAGCUCAGAAACAGUGGCUUGAUGUUAUGUCACACCGCAUACAUGUCGAUCACAGCAUUGAGCUCAUUGCUAAGCUUAUUUUUGGGUCUGAAAAAGGCUUGAAAGUUAUCAACAGUGUUAGAUCCACAGGCAAGCCUUUGGUAGAUGACUGGGCCUGUCUGAAGUCAAUGGUUCGCACCUUUGAAACACACUGUGGAUCACUAUCUCAAUACGGAAUGAAACACAUGCGCUCCCUUGCAAAUAUCUGCAAUGCAGGCAUCAGCAAGAAGACUAUGACCAAAGUGGCUGCUCAGGCUUGUGUUAGCAUUCCCAACAAUCCUUGGAGUUCUAUCCACAAGGGAUUUAGUGCUUGAGAUGCAUCUCAAAUCCAUUUCCGGUGUAAAUACACGAUUAAAUAGCCGUAUUCUUGCCGUAUUCUGGCGGAUGAAAUAGUCAUAUUCUUGCCAUAUUCUGGCUCUCAUUCUCUUGCAAUAUGUGUAGCAAUCUUGAAGCCAGGCAGAAGAAGUUCAUAUAUACAAUGCUUGAUUCUGGAGAUGGUCUUACCUGUAAAUCAUGUACCAUCUUUAAGCAUAAGCAAAUCUAGUGUGAAAUUAGCAACAUUAUUUGUUGUUAUUGGGAUUGGAUUCACAUGUAUUAGAACCCUUGAAUUUGUAUUUCUGGUGGACUUAUUUUGUAUGAUUUAUGUGAAAAUAAAUUAUAUGUUAAUUUUA